ACAACAGCUUCUCCCACUACAACCACAACUGCACCUACAACUACCACAGAGGCUCCAAUAACCACAACAGCCACUCCUACAACUAGCACAGAGGCUCCAACAACAACCACAGCUUCUCCCACUACAACCACAGCUGGCCCUACAACUACCACAGAGGCUCCAACAACAACAACAGCUGCCCCAACAACUACUACAGAGGCUCCAACAACAACAACAUCCGCUCCCAUUACAACCCCAGCUGCCCCUACAACUACCACAGACGCUCCGACAACAACCACAGCUUCUCCCACUACAAACACAGCUGCCCCUACAACGAGCACAGAGGCUCCAACAACAACCACAGCUUCUCCCACUACAACCACAGCUGGCCCUACAACUACCACAGAGGCUCCAACAACAACAACAACAACAGCUACUCCUACAACUAGCACAGAGGCUCCAACAACAACCACAGCUUCUCCCACUACAACCCCAGCUGGCCCUACAACUACCACAGAGGCUCCAACAACAACAACAACAACAGCUACUCCUACAACUAGCACAGAGGCUCCAACAACAACCACAGCUUCUCCCACUACAACCCCAGCUGGCCCUACAACUACCACAGAGACUCCAACAACAACAACAGCCACUCCUACAACUACCACAGAGGAGGCUCCAACAACAACAACAACAGCUGCCCCAACAACUACUACAGAGGCUCCAACAACAACAACAUCCGCUCCCACUACAACCCCAGCUGCCCCUACAACUACCACAGACGCUCCGACAACAACCACAGCUUCUCCUACUACAAACACAGCUGCCCCUACAACGAGCACAGAGGCUCCAACAACAACCACAGCUUCUCCCACUACAACCACAGCUGGCGCUACAACUACCACAGAGGCUCCAACAACAACAACAACAGCCACUCCUACAACUAGCACAGAGGCUCCAACAACAACCACAGCUUCUCCCACUACAACCCCAGCUGGCCCUACAACUACCACAGAGACUCCAACAACAACAACAGCCACUCCUACAACU